AUGCUUGACGAGCAAGAAAACGAACGGACGGAGCAGACGGAGUAUCACAGAGUAAAUCACGGAGUAAAUCGCGGACUAGAGAGUGGAUCGAUGCUCUGCGGCUGGGGCUACUUCACGCUCUGGUCCCUGUCGUACUACCCGCAACCUCUUCUCAACUUCUCCCAAAAGUCAACAGAAGGUCUCACCUUUGACUAUCCGGUCCUCAACGUCCUCGGAUCAGCUUGCUACUUCUGGCCUGGACUAUGGCGAUGGAGGAGCACAUGUGUUGCGAGCGAUCGGACCGGGAAACGUGAGAUGAGUAAGGUCACUGCAGCACUGGUCGUCGGGUGUGGAUUGGCUGUCGUGACGAGCAUUGCCUUCGCUCUUGUACCCAGCGGCCUUGCAAUGGAAAACGCCGCUGAUGGCAUAACCUGGGAAUGGAUCGAUGUCAUCUCCACCAUCUCAACCUUGAAACUCGUCAUAACAGUCUUCAAAUAUGCCCCACAGAUCCUCUCCAACCACCGCCGUAGAUCAGCUCGUGGCUUCACCAUAAUCGGUGUUCUACUCGACGCAGGCGGCGGCAUACUCAGCCUGGUCCAGCUAGUGGUCGACUGUUCGCAGCAAGCGGACUGA